CGAAUGAAGUUGUUUUUUUACUGGUAUUUGCCUGUACAGAUAUCUUUAACCGUCCUUAUUUAAAGGCAAUAAAUGCAAUUUAAGGCAUGGUUUGUCGUCAAUAACAAAGACAUCAUAUCGACAGGAAGCGGAGUGAGUUUGGCCAAGUUACUCUUUUCGUCGGCGGUUUUAAUGAACUGCGAACACUUUACUGGCUUCUUCUGUAAGUGUUGGUGUAUUUGAUAACAGCAAUGAUGGCCACACCUGCAAGAAAUCUUUCAGAAGGAGAAGAUCAUGAGGACACAGACUCCCAAGAACUCUUUGAGUCUUUCAUGGAAAUAACAAAACAACAAGAAGAUCUUCAAACUGAGGCAAAUGGGACAUCAGCAACUGAAAAUCACCAGAGUGAGGCAAAUGGGACAUCAGCAACUGAAAAUCACCAGAGUGAGGCAAAUGGGACUUCAGCAACAGUAAAUYUUGAAAGCGAGGCAAAUGGAGUGGCAAAGAGUAUAAUUGCAGUCAAUGCUGAUGCAGACAAAGAAMACGAUGUCACUUGUACUGAUUCGAAUGAACAAAGCAGAAAAGAUUUAAGUGAUACCAUCCAAACACCWACUGAAGAUGAGCAAAACAUGACAAAAAGGCUGUCCAAAGCAGUAGACGAGCUGUCUGAUCUUGAAAAGCAGUUAAGUUUGAUGAUCAGUUCAGGAAGCUGUAGUACYCCUAUAGACCUAGGAGAUGACAAAGCUGAUGGGAGUGCACCUCAGAGUGGACAAGAUGAGAAAGUAGCUAUUUGGGGGGAUGAAGGAAGCGAUAUUAAUAAAGCAGAUACUUCAGAAAAUGAGAAUGAUAAUMACGAGAAAAGUGUUGAUACUGUUCCGUCUUGUAAAGAAGGUGAAGCAAACUCACCAAAUGAAAACAACGAUGACGUUUUUGAAGCCACUAAAGACACUGAUGAGAAGGAACUUGAAGCCGCAAAAAACUCUUCUGAAAUUGAAAGUACUCCUAGUGAGGUUUUGUCAAAAAUUGAUACAACAGACAGWGAAUCGGCAGUUACAGCGGAAAAUAUUGAUAAUWGUGUUAAUAAUGAAAAGGAUGAUGGUGCAAAGGCAGGGAAAGUGGAAAAUAACAACAUUAUUGGUGAUGUGGAAACURGUGUCAAAGACGAAGAUGUCGCUGAAUCCCAUGAAACAGCCGACAAUACUGCAUUGGAAACGUCAGUAGAAGAAAGCGACAAGACGCUGAGCUCAACGCUUGUUGACGAAAAUCAGAAUUCAACUGAAAUGGAAGACGGUGAUACUACAAYUGCAGUYGCUUCAACGAGUAAUGACGUGUUGCCUGACGAAGCAGUGGCAAGUCAAACAGAAGCUAAAAAAAUCGACACUGAUCCUUCAACGCCUGAAAUCGAGAUUCUUAUGACAGACGAGAGUGGCAUAUCAGAGCGUAAAAGUCUUGAUUCCCUGGACGYUAAUCUGGAGUGUGAAAUGCGUCCUGAUUCCCCUGCAUUAUCUGAUGAUGACAUUGACUCUGAUGCAACAUCAAUGGAUGGAUUAGAUGACGAUAAAACACCCUUCGAUAGUGGGUUGGGAUCAGAUAGCAAAGACCGUCAUCUACAGGUCGAUCGACAUCGUUUUGGAUCUAAUUCAUCUACAAUUUCCGAGAGGGAGUUUAGAAACAGUGGUAUAGCAAAAGAUGACAUCGAUGAUCUAGCCAAAGUUCACAUGAAAGGAUAUCUUAUGAAACUUGGCGGGUCUGGUUUAACACCAAGAAAUUGGAGAAAAAGAUGGUUUGUAUUAAAGGAAGAUAAUUGUUUGUAUUACUACAAGAAUUCUAAAGACAAAAUUCCUUGUGGUGUUAUCGUCUUGUUUAACUACUCGGUGACUAAAGCACCUGACUCCAACAAGAAAUACUGCUUCAAACUGAACAAGGGUGGUGCGCGAACUUACCAUUUCUGCGCUGGUAACGAUGAUGAUAUGAGACAGUGGAUGAUUUCACUCAUGCAAGCUGCAUCGGCCGUGUCMGCUACUGGGGCCAGUUUUCAAAUCUUGGAAGGAAAUGUACACAAUGUCAGCAUCCCAGCGCUGUCAAUCAAAGAUCCUGAGUGUCAUGGUUAUCUCUCCAAACAAGGCCAAGGCAUCAAGUCGUGGAAGCGUCGUUACUGCGUGCUCAAAAACGGCUACCUUUAUUACUACUCYGAUAUGUCAAACACCACAGCACUAGGGGUCGCAAGGCUUCUUGGGUAUCAUAUCGAGGGCGGAGCAUCACGUGGAAAGCUUUUCUGUUUCUAUGCCAGCCCACCUGACGAAUCAAUGAGGGUUUACCACUUCGCUGCUGAAACAGAGAACGACCGAGAAAGAUGGAUGAAACGAAUGGAGGAAUCAAUUGCUUGUGGGAACAUGUCGACAUAAUCUUACCUGAUAUUAGAUCAGUUUUUAGAUCAAAGCACUAAAAUCCGUGAAACUAGAAAUACUACUCUCUAAUCAGUACUGCUAAGUCAGUAGUAUUAUGUCCGUCGACCGAGUCGUCCUAAUCGCUAUCAAAUGCGUCUUUCCAUUGUUGUUUAAUCCGUCGAUUUGACGAUCAUAUGGACACAAGGCGUAAUAUUUAUUUCGCGGAUUUAGURCUUCAACUCUACCAACUUUUUACAGUGCAAACCAAAAUACCAUCCAGGMUUUUCUUAUAUAUAUUACGGCCGCUGGCAAGAGGACGGGUAUUUAAUCUCUCGAUAAUCUCAUACUUGAGAAAACAAGUUUAUCUUUCUUUUUUUUUGUUGCCUAAUAAUAUGACAUUGGCGUCCAAUUCAAAAACAUUUCUGAAAUAUUAGUUACAAUCCUAGGAAUCGGGACCUUUGUUUUUGGCGCGCGGUCCAACAGUUUCCUGAAUUGUAUAUAUAUGCGUCUUCUGCCCUGGUUUUUUGGUUCGCACGGUAAGUAAAUAUUUGCAGUCACUCGUUCUACUUUUUUAUUUAUAUUUAUGAAAAUGUUCAUUCAUCAGACCGCAUGUAGACUCUACAGUUUGCCGAUUCUUUUUUUAAAAUAUUUUUGUCUUAGAAAGGGGAUCAUGGGCUCUACUUCCCUCUCCUAGAUUACACAUCUCUAAGGUACACUACAGGGGCCUGCGCAGUGGUUUGCUCCAGGGGUUUCAUUCCUUCAUUAGCAGACGAAGUAAAUAUGAAACUUUAUUUACCUUAUGAAACCCCUGCACAUGCUCAGAGCACUCAAUGGUAAAUAGAUAAUAAAUAGUAGGUACCAAUAGACAGUGAACUAACAUAAACCAAACAUUGAUUUUGUUUUAUUGGRCAAAGAUAGUCUUUUUGCUCUGUACGGCAUACAGAUGGUAGAGGGAAAUGAUGUCUUCUAUUUCACAGAUUGUCCACAGAGCUGAACUGUCAUCGCGCGAUUUGAUAUUUCUUUAUUUUUUUUCUAAUAUAGUAUUGCUUUAUAAAACUUUUGAAAAAUUUAUUUUAGAUAAAUAAGAGUAGAACUAUAGUUAUAUUUCAUGUCGCGGUAUUUAGAUUAAUUUGAUGAUUUUAAUKUGAUACAUAUACAAAAAUGAACUGGUUGAAAUAAGGUAAAGAACUAAAUGUUUGAAUAAAAAGAGGUUUGUAUUUUA